AUGGUUCUGACAAAUGGUUCUUCAGUAACAGAAUUCAUUCUCUUGGGUUUAACGGACAACCCUGACCUCCAAAUACCCCUGUUCUUAGUUUUUCUAGUAAUGUAUAUGAUCACCGCCUUCGGAAAUUUGACUUUGAUCAUUCUAAUUGUUCUGAACUCUCACCUUCAUACACCUAUGUACUUUUUCCUCUUUAACUUGUCUUUCAUAGACCUCUGCUAUUCUUCUGUUGUUACACCCAAAAUGCUGAUGAACUUCUUAGUAAAGAAGAAUGUUAUUGGUUUUGCAGGAUGUAUGACCCAGCUCUACUUCUUUUGUUUUUUUGUCAUCUCUGAGUGUUAUGUCUUGACAGCAAUGGCCUAUGAUCGCUAUGUGGCUAUCUGCAAUCCACUCAUGUAUAAUGUUGCCAUGUCCCCUAAGGUCUGUUCCUUCCUUAUGUUUGGUUCAUAUUUGAUGGGGUUUUUUGAUGCCAUGAUCCACACCGGAUGCAUCCUGAGACUGACCUUUUGUGAUGGGAACACCAUCAAUCACUACUUCUGUGAUCUCCUGCCUUUGAUGAAGCUCUCCUGCACCAGCACCUUUGUCAAUGAGAUUGAGAUUUUCAUUGUAGGGGGUUUCCUGUCCAGGUGA